AUGAAGUCGAGGGAGAAAGGUGGGAGAGGAAGAGAAAGAAGAGCGAGACGCACCGACGACCGUGAUCAUCCAGGAGGCGCAGUAGGAGGCGGCGGCCACCCACAGGACGCACGCGACGAAGGUGAGCGGGAAGAGCGCGCGGCGCCGCGGCGGCCGGCAGUCGGGCACCGUCGCCCACAGCAGGGCCUUGGCCGGGCGCAGCAGCAGCCACCACAGGAAGCGCGCGAACGACUCGCCCGCGGGCGGCAGGCACAGCCCGCCCUCCUCCACCUCCUCUGCGACACGCACGCGCGCGCACAAAAUUUAAAUGCAAAUGACCUGCAUAUCAAAGAAAAAUGCACGGGAAAUGGACACAAAGCUGAACAAGAACGUGGUCACAUGAGGGCGGCGCCGCGGCGCCGCGCGUGCGCCGACACCAGGUCGCUCGGGAAGUGGUGCAGCGCGGGCGCCGUGCAGUUGCGCUCCUCCUCGCUCGCCCCGCCCGCCUCGCCCUCCUCCCACGACCCCGACCCCGACCCCGACCCCGACCCCGACCCCGAGCUCCACGCCUCCGUCGCCUCCUCCGCCUGCAGCAGCCGCCGGCCUGCAACACACAAGGUACAUUACCAUGGUCCUGAUUGUUCAGAAUAUCAUUUGCCAUCUUCGUAUCCUGCAAGAUUCUCUGCAGCUCUACUCCCAAUGGAACAACAACAUGGACAUGCCUUUCUAUGAAGAAGUCUAAUUUUUGGCAUAUGUAAAAUGAAAGGAAAUUAAUAUAUAUUUAAAAUUUUAUUUUUAUCCUUUAUUUCUUUGCCCUCGGAUAUAAAUCUC